GCCACAAUAAACUCUGGUUUUAACUGCAUUUUCCACCUGCAGCCGUGGCUCAGAGGCGGCGGAGGAGCCUGCACCAUGCGCCAUUACGCACAGGAGUGGACUACAGGAAUUUGACUUUGUGUGACAGUCGCUGGCCAUUUGGAGAUAGUGAGCGACGUCACUAGGGCAUCGGAAGCAUCAACACAAACCUGAAGUUGAACACAGUCCUCUAUGCGCACGAGACAGGAUGGGGUGCUCCACGAGUUCGCAAACUUCAACCGUUGACCCCGCUCGACCAGGCAGCAAGCGCGAGGAGAGCAAUGGGGCCAGCACCACAGGUGCUGCUAAUGAGAACGGGAAUGUAGCUGAGGACAGUGUGACCCUCCCGGACCAGACCCCAGCUGCGGAUGAUCAGGCUAAACCUGAGGAGACCGCCCCAGCUGCUGCGCCCCCACCAGAGGAAACCCCACCUGCCCCAGAGGAGUCCCAGCCCACAGCAGACAGCGCUCCCCCUGAGACAGCACCUGCAGGCGACAAUCCCACAGAGCCUCCAGUAGAGGCUCCAGCAGAUGGCGCCACCACAACUGGCCCCUCAGAAGAACCAGCUUCUGAACCAGCCAAAACCACACACUUUGACAAUAAUUUAUAA